AUGUCUCAUCAAGAUUCCAACCCUUCGAGUCAGAGUCUCCAGCGUUCGGGCGCAAGUAAAUCUGCUCCCUACAGAGACGACAAAUUCGAUACUUCGCGGAAUAUGAAUGGCAAACGCUCACAAGGCGACCUUCGGGAGGACCAAGUGGAGGCUCCACGGAAACGUGCUCGCCUAGACGGUGACCAUCACAGUGAGCGAGUAGAGUCCCAGCAGCCAUCAAACCCUAUGACGAAGAUUUUGAACCCAACCCAGGAGCAAGAGUUCGUUGAUGGACCAGGUCAUAUCGUCUUCACUGAUGAGCGAGGCAAACGCUGCCCGGCAAUCUGUUUCAAUAAAGCAUUGCUCAACACCUUCACGCGCAUUGCCGUCGUUAGCCGUGAGGUACAAGAAAGAGAUGGAGCAAUACAGAAGGCACAACUCGAGCUCGAGCAGAUCAGGUCUUCAAAUCAAUCGGCUGGGAUAGAGAAAGCAAAGAGAACAGUGGAAGAGGCCAUUAAAACGCAGGAACACAUCGAAGCGGGAAUACCGGAGCUGGUCGAAGCUCGGCGACGAUGUGAUAGUCUUGCGCAGGAGAACAAAUGGUCAAAGCUAAUACUCGAGAACAGCAGAGAGGUUGCUCAGUUCGUGAUUGAGCAAAUUCUCAACAGUGAGAACCUAUUGAAUAUUCCAACAACGUCCAAACCACAAGAGCCGGCUGAAGUUAAUAAAGACGACCCAGCAGAACCUGCGCCGGUUCCUCAGGAGACAGUGCAUGAUACUCAAAGGUCCAACGUAUCUGACAGCAGUCUGGCCUCGUACACCACAAGACUGCAAUCACUCGCCAACAUCGAGGAACAAAUGACACCUCGCCAACUAGCUCUUCGACACUUCAGAUUCGCGGCGGACGAAUUGGACUACCGCAAAGGAAAACUCACUUUCAUGCAGGAAGAGUAUGCGCAAGCAGAAGCUGCAAACAGAAGGCAUCACCACGAACAAUACCCUGACAGGCCUGCGAGUACCACCCAAACCGACAUCGACUUACAGGUCCUCCAGGAGAAACAAAAAGCUACCAGGAUGGUGAUUGUGGCCGAAGAAGCGUACGAUCGCACAGAGCAACACGCGGAGGCCCUCGGUCUAGGGGACAUCUUGGCUGAUCCACAUGCUUUCUAUUGGGGCGAAAAUCACAACGAGUUUCCGCUGCGUAUUACGAGAAGCCCGUCGGUGUUCCCUGUUGAUCGGUCGCGGAUCGAGGCUUGGAUGGCAUCAAUUCCAGAUUCUGCUGUGGUGGAUCCUCAAAGGCAGGAGGACGCUGAGCUAGCCGGGGGCGAUGACUGGGAAGCAAAGUCGGUCGAAAUGUUCGAGAGUGUCAGCGUCGUUGCUUGCGACAUGUAUCGCAAGAAGAUCGAUAAGUGGCAGGAGCUUUCUGGCCGUUUUAGAGAAGGCGAGGGGGAGGGACGGUCGCCAGGGAAUGUGCGCCGGAAUCCUAGGAGAAGUUGUCGUGGUAGGCAGUCUCCCAGUGGAAGUCCUCGCACUAGGUCUUGA